GCCCUCUGCGUCCAGCAGGGGGAGCUGGCGCCUUCACGCGCGAUGGCGAGCCCUUCGUUUCCUUGGCGACGGGGACGCCAGUCUUUCCAACCGCUUUUCAACUAAUGAGCACCGCGCGAGCGCGACGCCGCGAAGGGGCUGAAUGGUGCUCCGACUUUCCUCCAUCUCGCCACAGCCCGAGGAUGGGGGACUUGGAAGUGCUGUUGCCCGGAGAGGCCGAGGCCCUGGUGCAGGCCCUGCAGAGCUUCCCACUGCGGGACAUGGGAUCCCAGGGGUGGUGUCGGCAGCAUGAACAGCUGGAGAAGUUGAAUAUGCAGGCCAUCCUGGAUGCCUCAUCCAGCCAGGGAGAGCCCAUCCAGGAGCUGCUGGUCACACAUGGCAAGAUCCCGACUCUGAUUGAGGAACUGAUUUCUGUGGAGGUGUGGAAGCAGAAGGUGUUCCCCAUUCUGUGCAAGCUGGAAGAUUUCAAACCCCAUAACACCUUUCCUAUUUACAUGGUGGUGCACCACGAGGCCUCCAUUAUCAACCUUCUGGAGACCGUCUUCUUCCACAAGGAAAUAUGUGACUCAGCUGAGGACUCCAUUUUGGACUUAAUUGACUAUUGUCACCGAAAACUGACCCUCCUGGUGGCCCAGAACAGCUCUGGAGGCUUCUCAGUGCCUGAAGGAGAGUUUGAGCUUUCACCUUUGCAGGAGCUACAGAAGCAGGCCCAAACCAUGGAGUUAGAGAUCUCUCUGAAGGCCCUUUCUGUGCUGCGCUACAUCACAGACAGUGUGGACAGCCUGUCUCUGAGCACCCUGACCCGUAUGCUGAGCACCCACAACCUGCCUUGCCUCCUGGUGGAGCUGCUGGAAAACAGCCCCUGGUAUCGCCAGGAAGGAGGCCAGCUGAAGAGGUUUGAGGGGGGCCGGUGGCAAAUAGUGACCACCAAGGACUAUCCAAGGCUGACCAAGAUAGAUGGUCAGGUGUGGAUUGCCCUGUACAACCUGCUGCUCAGCCCUCCAUGCCAGUCCAAGUAUAACCUCACCGGCUUCAACAAGAACCAGCUCCUUAAGCUCCGGGCCUUGCUCACUGACAUCCUGCUGGACCAGAUCCCCAACCUGGUGGAGCUACAGCGCUUCCUGAGCCACCUGGCACUCACCGAGCCCCUCCCUCCCAAGAAGGACCUGGUGAUGGAGCAGAUCCCAGAAAUCUGGAGCCGGCUAGAGAGGAAGAAUGGGGGGAAGUGGCAGGCCAUUGCAAAAUACCAACUGAAGCACAUCUUUAGCCCCUCUGAGCAGGAGCUGCGUCUGCAGGCCAGAAGGUGGGCAGAGACCUACAAGCUGGAUGUGAUAGAGGCACUGAACCCUGAGAAGCCCAAGUGUGCCUCCUGCAAUGCUGAGGCCUCCAAGAGAUGCUCUCGCUGCCAGAACGAGUGGUACUGUAAGCGGGAAUGCCAGGUAAAACACUGGCAGAAGCACCGAAAAUCUUGUGACUUACUGGCCAAGUCGAUGGACAAUGUGAAGGAGGAGGUCAAAGCCUAGUAGUAGCUGCUGCUUGUUUACCCUCAUGGUAUCCCAUCAUGCCAAGCCCCCACUCAUCCAAGGCCCCAGAGUGCCCCACUAUUCUAGCUAUGUGCCCCACCACACACACACACCCUAGCACCCCAGGCCAGACUGGUCCAUAGGCUCCCACGUCAGGCAGAGGCCACUGCUUGCUCUCUGCCCUUCCUGGUCUGAACCCCUGGUUACUCUAUUUCUUGCCUAGUCCUGCAGCUCCCAACUUGUGCCUCAGCUCUCAGGACAGACUACAUGAGUCUAGAACCAAGGAGGGUUCUUGGGAGUUGGGGCUGGGUACUUCCAGAGAUCCCUCCCUCUUCCUUCUUGCCCCGGGGAAGGAGGAGGGGGAAUUCUAGGGAGGGUGAGUCCUCACAGGGACCUAGAGAAAGGAGGGUGUAAGAUUGCGUUGCUGAGACUUCCCUCUGCUUUCUGAGAGUCUGUGGCAGGAUAGUGCGGAUGUGGGGUACCUUCUUCCUCUCUCUAAAGUACAGUAAAGCUUUCUUUUGAGAAA